UCAACAAUGGUGUGGGUUUCUUGUAAGUCACAUGAUUGGCUCUAUACUGAAACUGAGACCACAGAAACUGAAAGCAGAACAUUUUCAGAUACAUUUUCAUCCUCUCAACCUGCAAUAUCACUCUGUAGGAAGCAGGAGCCACAUAAGACAAGCUAUGGGAGGAGCACUAUUUAGUAAGCCAUGGAGGGAUUGGCCAGAGACCAACAAGGAAAUUCUUGAUUUGAUUAAACGAUACAAACCUAAAAAUAAUGAAGCCAGUCGCCUCAGAAUUCUGCUUCAUGGACCCAUUGGUGCCGGCAAGUCCAGCUUCAUCAACUCUGUUAAAAGUGUUUUACAAGGCAGCAUUUCCAUUCAAGCUCCAACAGAUGCAACCUCUGGGACCAGCUUUACCACCAAAUACAAUACGUACAAAAUCUCCAACAGUCCAGAUGCAUUUUACUCUUUCGUUUUUAAUGACAUCAUGGGCUUGGAGCAGAACGCCAGCAAUGGAGUUCAUGUGGAAGACAUCAAACUGGCUCUGAGGGGACAUGUGAGAGACGGUUACAAGUUCAAUCCUGGACACCACAUGAUGGAGGAUAAUCCAUUUUACAACCCAUCUCCCACUCUGGAUGACAGAGUUCAUGUCCUGGUUUCUGUCAUUCCUGCUGACUCAGUAUCUUUGCUAAGCGACGAAGUGUGGAAGAAGAUGAGAGAAGUCAGACUAGCAGCCAGUGAUAUGGGGAUUCCCCAAGUGGCUAUUCUCACCAAAGUUGAUGAAGCCUGUGCUAAGGUGAAAAACAACAGCAACAAUGUCUAUAAGAGCAAGUACCUGAAGAAACAGGUCGACUUGUUGGGUCAGUCCCUGGGACAUCAGGAGAACUGCAUCUUUCUUGUGAAGAACUAUGUGUCCGAAAUCAACACACAGGAUGGCACUGAUGCGCUGAUAUUGUGUGCACUGAGACAGAUGAUCACCUAUGGAGAAGACUUCCUCAAUGACUUGUAGACCUACAAACUGCUGGCUAAUAGGCAGAAAAAGUAGUUAAAUUGAUAUAAAGAACAUCAAUACUGCAUGACUUCGCUGUAGAAAAGCUGGAUGUGCAGAAAGGAGGCCUCCGACCAAGGAGCAGGAUCGCAUGCAUGAUUCAAUGAACAACAUAAAAUGUUAAAAUAAAUUAUUGUAGUCAUUACACCACAACAUGUAGAGAGUGUACAACCAUGCAGCUAUGAAAUAAUACCACAGAUUUCUAGACUAUGUUAAUCAGUAUUAUCAACUCGAGUCAUCCUACCUUUCACAAUAUGACAGUUUGAUUGCAGGUAGAUGCUUCAACCUGGUAUUAUAUGCAAAUAAAAUACAAACCAAACCUCCACAUUAUGUUUAUAAUUGUUCACUAACGCUUAUAACUCAAGUAAUGCACUUGUAACACUAAAAGCAUUGAUGAUAUAAACUUCAUUUAUCCAAUAAAAUAAU